AAAAUGAUGUAUGUCCUUGAAAAUUAUCUCGAGCUGUGGGGUAGACAGAGUAUAAAAGGCUGGUCUUAAAACCAUGAGGACACACCACUCAGAGGUCUCAACAUGAAGGUUCUCAUUCUUCUGGCUCUGUUCGCUGCAGCUUAUGCUGCUCCUCUGAAUGAUGAUGACGACAAGAUUGUUGGUGGAUAUGAAUGUACUAAGAAUGGUGUUCAGUACCAGGUUUCCCUGAACAGUGGCUACCACUUUUGCGGUGGCUCUCUGAUCAGCAACCUCUGGGUCGUGUCUGCUGCUCAUUGCUACAAGUCACGUGUCCAGGUGCGUCUGGGUGAGCACAACAUUGAUGUCACUGAGGGCACUGAGCAGUUCAUCGACUCCACUAAGGUCAUCAGACACCCCAGUUACAACAGCUAUACUCUGGACAAUGACAUUAUGCUGAUCAAGCUGAGCAGUGCCGCCUCUCUGAACAGCUACGUUAAGACUGUUUCUCUGCCUUCAAGCUGUGCUUCAUCUGGUACCAGCUGCCUGAUCUCUGGAUGGGGAAACAUGAGUGCCAGUGGAAGCAAUUACCCCAGCCGUCUGAUGUGCCUUAAUGCUCCUAUCUUGAGUGACUCCACCUGCAAAAGCGCCUACCCUGGUGAGAUCACCUCCAACAUGUUCUGCGCUGGCUUCAUGGAGGGAGGCAAGGACUCCUGCCAGGGUGACUCCGGCGGCCCCGUCGUGUGCAACGGCCAGCUUCAGGGUAUUGUGUCCUGGGGUUACGGCUGUGCCCAGAAAAACCUACCUGGUGUCUAUGUCAAGGUCUGCAACUAUAACACCUGGAUCAGCAACACCAUGAGCUCCAACUAAUCUCCCUGAGUUUUUAGAGUCCAUAAUCUUGGCAUGUUGCAAUAUCAUUUGGCAAACUAAAAUAAACAUCUGAUACCAAACAUUAAA